ACCCCUUCCUACUCCUCCUUUCCUUCCAUUACAGUCAAUCUCAUACAUCUAGCAAAUCUCCCAAUUGAUUCCCCACGAAAACCCCCAUCAAUUGCGUGCAUGCCCCCCUUCGUCUCGCGCAAGCGUGUCUCCGACGAGGAUCCGCCCGCGCCCAAACGUCAUAAUGCGACACCCGCCAUCGCCGCCGCGACGGUUCUCGAUAACGACUCCGACUCCUCCUCCACCGAUUCCUCCUUAAGCGAUGUUCCCGAAGACCUACAAGAAACCCCCAAGCCAGCCGUCAUUAACGAUUCCGAUGAUGACAGCAGCAGCAGCGAGUCGGAGGAAGAGGAGGUCGAUUGGGAGGACGCCUUCGAGUCCGAGCCCGCCAGCGCCGCCACACCGGUGACGCCGUCGAUGCUGGCCCCAGACCACCAGCACCAACACCAAGACCUGGAACUGACACUCGACAAGAACGAAGUGCACCUGGCCGACAUCGUCGAGAGCAAGAAGCCGCCGUCCAAGAUCGAGCGCCAAAUCCGCAUCAACACCCACUGCCUGCACGUGCGCUUCCUGCUCUACCACAACGCGCUCCGCAACGCCUGGGCCAACGACCCCAAACUUCACGAGAUCCUGCGCCAUAACCUCCCGCCCGCCCUACACAAGGAGGUCAAGAAAUGGCGGGUGGCGUCGGGGCUGGAGCUGCCGGAGAAGCCCCCUCCAAGCAAGAAACAAACCAGAAACAAGGGCAAGGGCAAGGGCAAGCAAGGUAGCAGUCGGCGGUCGGAGCGGGAUUGGACGGAGGGCUCGGAGCGCCUGGAGCCAGGACAGCCGGACAUGAGUCGCGGUGACCCGAUCAUCCCGCUCCUGAAGGUCCUGGCCGCGUACUGGAAGAGGCAGUUCAAGAUCACCGCCCCGGGUUUGCGCAAACAGGGGUAUCGACCAAUGGUGCAGCUGGAAGCGCAGAUUGCCUCCUUCCACAAGGACGAACACGACCCGGUCAUCCACGGCGAGCGGAUCGCGGACCUCGACGAGUUCCGCCAUGCGGCCGAGCACAUGCAGGGCUCGCGCGACGUCGGCGCGCAGCUGUUCACGGCGCUCCUCCGCGCCCUCGACAUUGAAGCCCGACUCGUAGCCAGUCUCCAGCCUCUCGGGUUCGGGUGGACUAAAGCCGAGAUGUUCACGCCGAAGCCCACCAAGGUCAACCGCGAGCCCACGCUCGACGCAGUGGCCGAGACCGACGAAGUGAUCGGCCUCGAGUCCGACAGCAGCAGUAGCAGCAACGAAGCCGAGACGAAGUCAUCGUCUCGCGGGAGCAGCAAGAACAACCCGAAGGGUUACGACCGUGACCUCCCCUUCCCGAUCUAUUGGACGGAGGCGGCAUCCCCAAUCACGCACGAGAUCAUCCCGGUGGACGCACUCGUUCUCCCGAACGCGGUAGCCACGACGCCGGAGCUACAAGCAGCGUUCGAACCACGGGGCGCCAAAGCCGAGAAGGCCAAGCAAGUGAUCAGCUACGUGAUCGCAUACUCGGCAGACAAAACAGCCAAAGACGUGACGACGCGCUACCUACGACGACGGACCUGGCCAGGCAAAACAAAGGGCUACCGGAUGCCGGUAGAGAAGAUCCCAAUCCCCAGCGGCCGGCCCAACACCAAGACCCGCCGACCGAAAACCGUCAUCACGUACGACUGGGCGCGCGUGGUCCUACGCAUCUACGAACGCGCCCCGCAGCAACAAACGCCCGUUGACGCCCUCGAAAACAGCAAAGACCUGGUGCCAAAACAGCCAGAAAAGAAAGCCCAAACAAGCGCCAACCCACCAGACACACUCCAAAGCCUGCGCACCUCGCCGGACUUCAUCCUAGAACGCUUCCUCCGGCGCGAAGAAGCACUCAAACCGGGCGCGCAGCACGUCCGCACCUUCACAACCGGCAAAGGCGCUCAACGUAAGACCGAAAACGUAUACCUGCGCACAGACGUGGUACGCUGCCAAUCGGCGGAAAGCUGGCACAAGGAAGGCCGGCAGAUCAAACCGGGGCAGACACCGCUGAAACACGUGCCCAUCCGCGCGGUCACGUUACAGCGCAAGCGCGAAGUGGACGAGUACGAGCGCGAGACGGGCGAAAAGCCGAAACAGGGGCUCUACGCGCGGUACCAGACCGAAUAUAUCAUCCCGGCCCCGAUCGUCGACGGCGUGAUCCCCAAGAAUGACUACGGGAACAUCGACUGCUUCGUACCGAGCAUGGUGCCCGCUGGCGCCGCGCACAUCCCCUGGCCUGGCACGGUGCGCAUCUGCAAGAAGCUGGGGAUUGAUUAUGCGGAGGCGGUGACGGGGUUCGAGUUCGGGUCUAAGAUGGCGGUCCCGGUCAUUCAGGGUGUGGUGGUUGCCGCCGAGAAUGAGGGGCUGGUUAAGGAUGCGUGGCGCGUUGAGGAUGAGGAGAAGCGGAGGAAGGAGGCGAGGAAGGCGGAGGCCAGGAUCUUGCAGACCUGGCGCAAGUUUUUGUUCGGCUUGCGGAUCGCUCAGCGCGUGCGCGAGGAGUAUGGCCCUGAGGAGGGUGAUCGCGAGAAGGAGACUUCUAAUCCUUUUGCUAAGCGGAGGGCGCCGCCUGAGAAUAGUCCCGCUGGUGCUACGCCGGCCGCGGGGGAUUAUCAAGGUGAUACCGAAGGCGGCGGAUUCCUCCUCCCAGGGCAAGACGAACACGGCGAAGAGACUGACCGCGGCGGCGGGUUCCUGCUUCCCGGUCACGAGGGCGACGACGACGACGAGAAGCUGAUUAUCGUCCACCAACGUCGGAACCGGGCCACGCCGCCUCUUGCUACGGCUGGUGAUAGUGACGCGAUUGCUGCUACAGAUGAUGACAGCGAUGACGAUAUCAGCGAUGCUUCUGGCCCCGGCACCAUUCAGGCAGAUGCCAUCUCGCUCAGCUCCGGCUCCAGCUCCGAAGACUUGUCGCCUCCGCCGGAUGAGAUUCCGGACUCUGAGGAUGAGGAGUUCGUUGCAGAAUAUAAACCGCCGCCGACACGUAGACGUACGCGUGGAGGAGGGAGAGGGAGGGGUAGGGGUAGGGGCAGGGCUAGAGGAAGAUCAUGA